GAGAGAGAGAGAGGAGCACGGCUGCAGUCGAAAAUACUUUCAUCAAUGUGUGACUGAAAUGUUUCCAAUCCCCGACAAGGAGGUCGGGUUCGGUCAAGAGCCGCCGUAUCAUGGGUCAUCCGUCCGCAGAUCGUCCACUCCGUCGACUUCGCACCACCUGAGGCGUGGACACCCUCGCAACGGACGCAACAGCAGCGGUGCCAGGAAGGGUGACCCCGACAGCAGGCUGCUUGGCGCUCCCGCUCCAAGCAGCGGUGGCGGCAGCGGCGGCAGCAGACGAAGGAACAACUGCUUUUCAUCGAUCAUCGGCGGCGGGUGGAACAUGAAGUAUGUUCCCUUCUCCGUCCUGGCUACGUUCCUCGUCGUGCAGCAGCUGCUCUCCCUCGAGAGGGCCACCCCUGUGCCAACGAAACCAGAUGAAGCUUCACCUGGCACCCAGCAGCAGCAGCAGCAGCAGCAGCAACCGAGCAGGGGGGGACCGAAACGACGCUUCACCGACGGACAUUUGUCCGUCUUGACGGAGACCAUCACCACUGGUGUACAGCCCGCGUACCAUGACAAGGAUGAUGGGUUUCGAGAAGACCAAGGAGGGGAAAUCAACGGUCAUGCCCCGGCGGGUCCAUUGACAUCUGGAUCAACGGCCGAGGACCGAAUACCGUCGCCGAGCGCAUCGGCACGAGCAGCCGCGGCAGCAGGCGGCGGCGGCGGCGGCGGCGGCGGCGGCGGCGGCGGCGGCGGCGGCGGCGGCGGAGAUUACCUAGAUAGUGCGGCAGCAACGCUCGCAAGGAGAGAUACUGCGACAGGGGGCGGCGGCGGCGGUGGCGGCGGCGGCGGCUUGAGAGACGAUAACUUUGUCGCUGCUGCUCCCGCGGGGGCGGCGGCAGCGGCGGCGGCGGUGCCUGGGAGGCGGAAAGCCUCGGUCGUGCUGGGAGUGCCAACGGUACCGAGGCCGAAGGGGGUGAACUACCUCGAGCAGACGCUGCAGGCCGUGCUGGCGCAGGUGGACCAGCAGGAAUCUUCGACCAACGGUACCCCAGAGGGCGGGCUCGCCAUCACCAUCCUGGUCAUGAACGUGCACGGGCCGAGCCACGAGGCCUUCUACAAGGCCCGCGACAAGUACGAGAGGCGACGCGGAGUGAUUUUCAUUAGCGUGGGGGAGGCGGUAGACGCCGACGGAGCCCCCAUCGUUGUCGGGGAGGGCGAGCCGCUGACUCCCAAGGCCCAAUCCCGCAAAAAGGUCUUGCCGUUGAUGAAGGUCCAAGAACAAACGCGGGACCUUGUGUACCUCCUGAGGGCGGCGGCAGGGCUUGCCGAUCACUACCUCUUCAUGGAGGACGACAUGCUGCUGUGUCCGGGUGGGGCGGCGGCGAUCAGUCGCAUGGUCAGCAAGGCGCACAGCUACCACCCCGACUGGAUCGCGAUCCGCGCCUCCUUCGGCAUGAACGGCAUCUUGAUUCAGGAUAAGGACGUGUUGACUUUCGCCAGCUACCUGGAAAUGCACCAGAAGCGCCGACCGCCUGACCACCUCGUGGUGGAGUGGUUCGCGGGAGAAACUCCAGCCAGUGCGGAGUUCAAGGGCAAUAGGCAACACAUGGCGUUUAGGUACAACGUGUUCCGGCACCUGGGUUCGGUCAGCACGCUAAGGGGGAAGAUCUCGCCGGAUUAUCCCAAGUGUUUCGAGGAGCUCACCAUCCAGACGCUCUUUGAGGUAGAAGCGUUCGACUUCAAGGGCUGCCCCGACGACGACAUGUCGCCCUGCGACGUCCCCGCUAGCGCCAAGUCGGGUUUCCCGAAGAUAAUGUGGCGGGACCUAUACGCGGAGGAGGGGCGGCAGAGGAGUUUGUGAGAUGGAGACGCAUUCUCGGGAGCAGGUCACAGCAGGUGUACUGCUACUGUUUCUCUGCCGGUGUGGAGGGAGAAGCGCGGACAAGGGAAGGAAGGGCUGGUACCAUAGGCCGGAGGAGGUGGGGCACUCGACUGGCAGGAGCAGAGGCGUAAGGCAGCAGCAGAAGAGAAACAUGGAAAAGUCCACCCGCUUAGGCCUUGCUGGCGAAGGCGGGAUCGGGCGCGGGGCGAGUGUCGAUACAUCCACACGGCUCUCGGAGGGGGGGGUGUUCCUGCCGAAGAAGGGGGGCACCUUGUGAGUGGUGAGAGUCUAUUCGCACAGCUUGCACGUGCGGGACUUGUGCUUGUGCAUGCGUUUCGGCGGCCGCACCACAAGCGCCUGUUCGGCGUGGCUUGGUCGUGUUUCUGCGGCCAAGAUUCGAUGAGAGUGUUCGGGGGAGAGGGGCACGCUUUUUUGGUGGUUUGGCACACAUGCAAGUGGAGGGGCGUGUGUGUGAGUAUUUUUUUUUUCUAUUCAUGACCCAGUCGCGCACGGAGCUUUAGAGGUUACCGCAGGCUCCCGCGACUACGGUACAUGCCCACCGCCACACAGCUCCUUGAGAGCCUUGUUUGACCACGGGCCCGUCUGUGUUUCAAGUACCUGGCCCCGCACACCGGCGCUGAUGUAUGUAGCACACACGUCGUCGGUUGUAUGCCCUUUUUCCUCUGGCAGGGGCAUGGAAGCCACCCGUAUUUCUCUUCAGGGCUAUCCUUCUUUGUGUUUGUGGGUUAUGGCAGGGAGGGCUUGCGAUGCUAUCGUUGGCCUCGGCGUGACGAGAAAACGUCGGUUUCGUUUCCUGAUGCCGGUGCCCCGCCCCCGGGUCUUCGCUGUCAAGCAGCAGUUUUGAGUGGAUGGUUGUGGCAUAAGAGCAAUCGGGGAGGGCGUUUGAAGCUACCGCUGUGUUUGGGCUUUGGUUCGAAUCCUUUGUUGAAAUGUCCUGCUUGCAUGUUGUGGUGUAGUUUCGAUCUGUUCAUAUAUGUGGCGCACAUGAGUGUGUGUGUUCUGUUUGUUUCUGCCCUCCGCAGUGUGGUCUUAUGGGUUUCAUUUUGGGCGUGUCUGCUUUAGCAGACACGCAGACUGGCCGCUUCUAUAUUCUCUGUUACCUGUUCCGUGUCGAGGGAGAGAGCCGGCCAUUGGAUCAGAGGACGACGGGUGCCCUUGAUUUGUCUUUGUCGUAUGCCUCUUUUAGGUGUUGAGAGAGGGAAACGGACGGAGAGAGAAAGAGACAAGAAAAUGAGGCAGAGAGACAUGAGGAGGAUGGAGAGAGACAAGAGAGAGAUAACGAGAGAUAGAACGAGAGAGAGAGGGAGACAAGGAGAGCGGACGCGUGUUCUCCUGUUUCAGGUUUCUUGCUGUUGAGUCGCCUGCUGGUAUCUUGCUGGGUGAGGUUUGUCCUCAAUCCUCCUGUCCUCGCUUUCGCAACGUGUUCCUUAGUUAUCGAAAAGCUAGCUUUCAACCCGCAAGGUUUGUUGUUAGUCCGAACGACCGGCAGUACGCGGUCUGGUUGCCGAAAGCGUCCAAUCACGACGAUUUCGCCCGAAGCGGUGGUUGCAGAGACUCCUGCCGCGCGUACGCAACGGCGAAAGGGCCAGGCCGGAAUGUCGGAGCCGAGUUUUACGAUUUGUUGUUAUGGUGUUGAUUGAUAUCUAUUUUUUGUGUGCAGAGAGAAACUAUAUCAUUGCGAGUGCUUCAGGUAGAGUCCUUGGAUCUAUUGUUGCGUACCCAUCUUCUUUUGACAUGUAAUCUAUCCCGUGUAUUUCAGAGGAAAUAGGGCUGACGACAAAGAAGGGUGCUUUUCGUUUCGAAGCAGGCGGGCGGGCGGGGGAAGGGGGGGGUCGUUACUUCUUGUUGCCGUCACCCCCUCCCCCCCCCCAAGGGGUGCGGUGGCUGGGGCAAGAGCCUUUUGUUAUCCACCACCCCCUCUUGCACUUUGCCCCAUUAAAGGUUGAAUUAUUUAUUCGCCAGCGUCGUGUGUCAUUAGUGUUGUGUUUAUGCUUUCAUGGUGCUCGUCCUGUGCGGUGUUUCGUUAUUUGGUCUUGCUCUGGGUUUACUUUUUGUUUCGCGGCAACCACGCCAUGCCACGUAGUUGGUGCGGGUCUGUCAGCCAGCCAGCGUGGGAAGUUGUCGAAAAAAACAAAACUCUGCGUCGCCUGUUUCGCCGGAAUGCUUGAGAUGCCGCGAGAUUUGGAGAGCGGCGCAGCUAGAGGCCGUCGCGUCGACGUAGGACGCACGGCUAACGGGAACAACGGACAUGCAAGGGGCAGUCGGAUGCCGUUUAGUAUACAACGGGAAGAUGCUGGAUUGCUGGGUUUGAACUCUGGAAUGGGAGUUUUGCGUGCAUUAACUUUAGCUCCCAGGGUGAUGUCGCGACUAGGAGUCACCUGAUUUCUUCUGUUGGCACCUACUUGCAUACGUAUCUCCGUUCUUGUGGUUGUCCUGUUUUUUUUUUUUGUUGCUGCGUGUGUAUGUCAGCCGAAAAGGUACGGUAUUUUUUUUUUGCAUAGUUUGUGGUUGAGAUUAGUCAAAGUUCUGCAUAUGAAACUGUCUUUUUAGGAAGCAGUGUUGCAUGUCGGUUCGAAAGUUUGGAUGUAUCGUCCGAAAUAUCGGUUCGGAUAUCGGGUCGAAAAUGAGUCUAUAUUUCGAACAAUAUCGAAAUUAUCUCGAUAUCGGUUCGAACAUCGAUAUUUCGAUACAAUAUCGAUAUUGCCAUGUUCAGACGCGGUUGCUGCAGGCCACACACGACAACUAGGUUCGGGGAUAAAGUGGAUCCCUGAGGUUGGAAGGGUAAGCGGUCAACAGCCUACAAGCUUAGGUUUUCCUUUCUGAACUUCGAACCGAGCAAGGGGCAGCGCCCAGUGCCCAAUCUUGGAACGUUUUUUCGUUUUGAAUGGGGGGCUCUACGUUGUUCUGCUGGUGUCUUGCUGUCGCUUUCUCUGGGUUAUUGCUCCAUACCCUGUUGGGUUGGCUAUUGAAUGAGUUCAUUUGCCUUUGAAGAGAACCGCAGUGGAGGCAAUGAAUUUAAGUUUGAAGAGCGAAGAAAGAAGAGACAUCACGCAAUAUACGAUGUCCCAGGAACUAUAUGUC